GUGAGGCGUCCCAGCCAACAGAUGUUAAGCUGUUGCCAGGCCUGGAUUUCUUUGAGUGCUUUGAGAGGAGGUAGCAUUAGUACUGAUAAAAUGCCUACAGAGACUGAGGAGGAGUUACCACCUUCUAGUCCCGAUCCCAGUAUCUCUCAGGAGGGAACCUUUCAUUCCCAAUAUAAAGUACUGAAGACUAUUGGAAAAGGAAGCCAUGCCAAGGUCCUCCUGGCCCACCGCCGGCUCACAGGAACCCCAGUGGCGGUCAAAGUUCUCCGAAAGAACAAGUAGUGGUUCCGGCCAGCCAUGACAGAAGCAAACAUAAUGAGAAAGAUCAACCACCCCAACAUUGUUUCUCUCUUACAAGUCAUUGAAAACAAAACUAGAAUAUACCUCAUAAUGGAGCUGGUGGAAGGCCAACAACUCUACCAGUACAUCAGAGAGUCAGGGCACAUAGAGGAGGAUGAGGCCUGGCAAAUAUUUGAACAGAUAUUAUCAGCAGUGAGCUACUGCCAUGGAAAGGGGAUUGUUCACCGAGACCUGAAAGUGGACAAUAUAAUGAUUGAUAAAAACAAAAAGGUCAAAGUCAUCGACUUUGGGCUUAGCACCGAAACACAACCUGGACAAAUGCUAAACCAGCACUGCGGUGCGUAUUCUUUUGGUUUCCCGGAACGCUUCCUUGGACUUCUGUAUGACAGGAUAAAGGAUGAUAUGUGGACAAUAGGAGUGGUCUUGUAUUAUAUGGUAGUGGGAAAGCUCCCAUUUGAUUCUGUGAUCAUCCAAGAAUUACAAAAACAAGUUGUUGCAGGGGUGUAUCCUGCCCCCUGUGGGGUUUCAGAAGAACUGGAGAACCUCCUUAGUCAAUUACUAACAGUAAAUCCAAUGUAUAGACCAACAGCCAGCGAGGUGAUGAAACACACCUGGUUCAAAGAACACGGGAAGAGGUUCACAGUUCGCUGUGAAGAACUGCUUCCCCUCAGGCCAGACCCUGAAAUUUUGGGUGCGAUGAAAUGCAUGGGAUUUCAAGCCUCUGUAAUAAAAUACUCCCUAAUAAAAAGAAAAUAUGAGGAAAUGGCAACUUAUUGCUUCCUACAACAGCAGGCUCUCCCGGGGUAUGGCUGCACAGCCCAGGCACAGCAAGUGAGUCCCAUUGCAGCCCCAUUUCCUAGCCUUGAUCCUGCUGCUGCUUUUAGAUUACAAAGAAAGAGGAGUGGAAGCCUGCCAGUCCUUGACACCUUGCAGGUGUCAUUCUCCCAAGGUCACGUAUCUCAUUAUGGCCAGAAGGUUCAUACAAAAGGAGGAAGAAGGUCCACUGUGGCUGGUCGUCUCAGGCCACUACCGAUGACACCUACACAGGACCACUAUCACAAAUGUGCCAUGAGUGUCCCAUACAUUCAAACAACAAGCAUCUUCAGUGAGAAGAGUAGCAACAAGGAAAUAAAAGAAGAUAAUCUACUCUCCCACAGAGCCCCAUUAGAGGAUAAGCCCAUCUCCAGCAGGGUCCGGCACAGAGGUUUUAAGGGGUGGACCAGGAAUAUAGCAAAUGCCCUGAUAAAGCUUUGUUGCUGCUUGCCAAGGAGAAAGAAACCUCGCCUGGGGCAGAUCAGAAUCUCACCCCAGAAAUGAGCCACAGGGAGAGUCCAGAUAACAAGCAGCAGGCACAGCCCAGUGCCAUCUUGAAAUUCUGUCAUGUCCUGAGUAUAAACAGGAGGUGAUUUCAGACACAUGGCCAAGGAAAGACACCAGCAGAAGCUACAGCACCAACAGGAGAAACAGCAAUAGCACCAGCAGCAUUAGCAGCAGAAGGAGGAGGAGGAGGAGAAAGAUGAGGAAGAGGAGGAUUCCACAACACCAAUCUCCUCCCUCCUCUUGAUUUCUCCUCUUCCCAGCAGGGACCCAAUAUGAAUGAUGAGUUCCCCACUCUACAGAGUUGUCUUGUUGACCCAUCCCUUCAGAUGGACUCCAUCUCCUCCUUAGGCCAAUAGCUCCACAGGCUGAGAACUAGAGGGUCAUGGGAUCAUGGACUCUUCCAUGGGCUACUAAUCCAUAGAGAAACGGGCCUGUAAUACCAGACACUCAAGACACACAGUAGGUAGGGGGAUCAGAACUUCAAGGCUAGCCUGGUCUACAUCAUGAGUUUAAGAUCAGCUUGGACAAUUAGUGACACCCUUUUUCUAGAGGUGAGGAGCGCUAAGGCUACUAACUCAGUGGUAGAGUACUCGUGGGGAAACAGACUGCUGUCCAUUGAUACCUCUCCUUCCUUGCUCGGAAAUACACAAUGGUAUUAGAAGAGUCAUAGGUUCCUGGCCUAGCAUCCACUAUUCUAUUUGCUACAUCAUUAAGGGUGCAGUUUUUGGUAUUUUGGUCAGGGAUCAAAUCUAUGAAAUAAAACUUAAGCAAUACUCUCAUUGCUGUCAUAGUGGGAGGUGGAUGAUAAAUGCUUGCCCACCUGCAUCAGUACAAAGCUGGUUCCUUGGACUCCCUGCAAACACAUCACUGCUAACUGUGUGCCUUGUAUAGGCUUUUCCAGCACUGUCAUAGCUUGAAAACCUUCCCUGCUAUGGACCCUUGAGGGGGCAUCCUGCCUUUCUCAGGCUCAGAAUGGAGCAAAGAUCCCCUGCUCACCUCUAGGCUCACAGGUCAGGGACCUGUUCCAUCCCAUAGUGAACAAGACUGGCACAGAUGCACACACCUUGGAAAAAGAAUGUAUUGGCAACCCUUAACAAAAAAGAUGGUUCUUACUUUCGAUUAUGGCAUUCUAUAAAAUACGGGUAUUUCCUGGUAUAAUUACACAUGUCAUUGAUUGUGUGUGCGUAUGUUUUUUGAAGUUGGAGGGGGGAUAAUUCAUUUCUCUAAGCCCCUUCCACAAUGCUGGGUGAUAAACAUUGACUCUCAUAUAGAUUUUAAUAAUUAUACAUUUAUUU